CCAGCACCAGCAGAAGCCAACCACCAAACCACAACAGAAGCAGAGACGAAGCAGGAAAACGGAGAAGAAACGGAACAAAGCAAGAACGUGAAAAGGCAGUGGGAAUCUAAGCAGGAGGAGAGGAAGCAAGCAGUGAGAGAAGCAUGCAGAGGACGAGACAGAGAAUACCUGCUUGAACACCUGCUCGAUUCCCCUCGUCUUUUGGGUCACCUGCUGGUCGACGAUGGACACCGAGCUAUAUACUGCUACGUCCCGAAGGUCUCGUGCACGACUUGGAAACAGGUGUGGGCGGCGCUGACGGGGACGCUGAAGACGUCGAAGAAACACGAAAUUCCUAGCGUCUCGCCUCAUUACCUGACGAAGAAGAUGUCGCUCUUGGGACAGAAGCUCAGUAGAGAGGAACUUCGGCGGAAGAUCCAAACCUACACCAAGUUCCUGGUGGUGCGCCACCCACUGGAGCGCCUCCUGUCCGCCUUCAGGAACAAGCUAGAGGGCAACGGCAGACCCGCAAGGGUGUUCAAGCGCGUCUACGGAGCCAAGAUAAUCCGGGAAUACCGUCGAGGACCUGAGUCGUCGAGAGAGAACACGACUUCUGUCGAGGAUCUGGAGAAGGAGUCCGCCAAGACGACCGGCGAAGACGUGAGGUUCUCGGAGUUCGUGUCCUUCCUGCUGGACAAGAAGGACCUGGCCAUCGUCAACGAGCACUGGCGGCCCUACGAGUCCCUUUGCCACCCUUGCGCCCUCUCCUACGACGUCAUAGCCAAGUACGAGAGCCUGGAGGAGGACUCGGAGAGGUUCCUGCGGCUCAUCGGAGCUCCCGAGGGCCUCCACUUCCCUCAGUACGCGCCGACGAACACCUCCGCCCUCCUGCACUCCUACCUCGCCUCCGUCAAGCCAGACCGACUCGCGCAGCUGAUGAUGGCUUACCAGAGGGACUUCCAGCUGUUCCAGUACGAUGGUGUCCCUUCGGCAGCCAUGGCUACAGUCACCUUCGGAUUGUUGGCAGGGACCGCUGGCGGCGCAGGACUCGCCGGUCUGGCCGUCGCAGGAGCUGUAGGUUUGGGCGUCCUGGGCUUAGCCGCCCUCGCCUCCAGAGGUGGAAGGCGCAGACAUCGCGGCGGGAGGAGGAGGGGGCACCACCACCGUGGGCGUCGCUCCUCCGUGGAGGUGGACACCGAGUGGAGGAUGCAGAACGCCCUCGAGUUGGUGCGAGCGGAGGACGUGACAGGAUGCGGCAUGAGGCUGGUGUGCGAGCUGGCCGGCCAGGAGGAGGAGGAUCUGGUGCAGGAGGAGCUGGCCAUCCUGGCCUUGCUCGGACCCGACGUGAAGCCCGGGGAGGGAGUCCUCCCCCCCGGGGGCGCCAGGGGAGAGUACCUGCAGGCCAGGAACUUCGGGGCACAAGGCGGGGACUGCGGCGCCGCCUUCCCCAUGUGUCCACUCAACGGCUCGCAGCUCAUGGACACCGUCAUGGCCUACCUGCCCUGAGAUGCUCCUCCCGCGCUCGCCCUCUGCCUCAUGCUCCCUCUCCGUGGGUCUGCACUGCACAAGACUCCGUACAUACAUUUUACCCUUUCAUUGCCAUCAAAGAAUCCAGAUUUUUAAGACGAUAAAUAAAGUUCGACCAGUGAU